AGAACAAUCUUCGAAAGUCCAACAUUGCCCCAGAAAAACUACUUAAACUGUUCUGUGACAUUAAUGUGAAAUAAUGUUAUUGUGCGAAGAUUCUAAAGUCCAGUUUUCACUAUGAGAUCUAACAGGGAAAGAAAGCUGCAAGGUUUAUUGUAUUUAUAUGUUGGCUCAGUCUACGGAAAAUCAUCAGUUAUUUUGCUAAUAAAAUAACCAUUUAGGUAACAUUAGGAACAAAACUACAGUUUGAUUUGUUCCGAUUUCUUGGAUAUUUAUAUUUGCUCCUGUUCUUUGUGAUUUAUAUGUAAAAGAGAGUUGACAAUAUGUACUGCAGGUUUUAUAGACUUUGUGUGUGAGGUGUCAGAGAUGUGGACAGUAAAGAAGGUUGGCCUGGGGGUGUUAGCGCUCUCUGUCAGCAUGGAGCUGCUUUAUCGGAUCCUCCGCCGUCUCAGGCCUGAACGAAUCCUCAAUGAGGUCCUGUUUUUUCCCCCAGAGGUGACCUGUGUGGAACAUGUCUUUACUCCCUCUACAGCACCCGCCUGUUUGUGCUUGCUGCCACAUGAUGUCGAGACCUCUUUAUCUCGCCUCCUCCGCCAUGUUCUGUCGGCUUCCUCCUCUCUGGACCUGUGCAUUUUUGCCUUUUCCAACGUGAACCUGAGCAGGGCUGUGCUCGCGCUGCACAGCAGGGGUGUAACCAUCCGUGUCCUCACUGACAAGGAGUACGCUGCCAUCAGUGGCUCCCAGAUUGGGGUCCUCCGCAAGGCGGGUAUCUGUGUCCGGUGCGACCGCAGCUCAGUUCACAUGCACCACAAGUUUGCACUGGUGGAUGGCCGGCGGCUCAUCACCGGCUCCCUCAACUGGACACUGACAGGAGUGCAAAGUAACAUGGAGAACGUUAUCGUCACCGAGGAGCCAGACUUGGUCCAGCCUUUUGUCAGGGAGUUCCAGAGGUUAUGGAUAGACAGUGAACCAAAACGUCACCAAGACCAAGAGAUCUGAAUAUCUGCUGACUACUCCACAGUUCAACAAGUGAUGUUCAGAUGUAUCAAUACCUGCUGACAAAUGGCAAAUUUGCCGUGUGAUAUGCUUAUGUUGCCCGUUCUGGGUCUCCUAUUAUGUCUUCUGUAGCUUUUCUGUUAGAGAUUUGUUGGCUGCUGCACAUUUUGUGUAUCCAUUACAGAUUUGACAUGCCAAGCUGCUUUCUUUUUCCUGUUAAUAACAUUGGACACUGAAUCAGCUUCACAAUUAAAGUGUUUUUAUGUAAAA